AUGACAACGACGAAAUCCUCCUCAAAGACGAUGAGUGAACGUGAACUCAACUCCAGACUCACAGAAAUCUUUAACAAAAUUGGUCAACUGGAUAUUGCCCAACAGGGGAUUCAAGAGCUCCACGAACUUUUGAUGGAAUAUCCGGAGUGCGACAAAUCACCGAUGGCCCAGAAAAGUAACAAACCUCCUCAUAAGUUCAUCACAAACCGUUGUCCGAACAUCCCGAGGCCUACCAGUCCUGUCGCGUCAAUGGUAAAUAAGGAGUCGACAAAGAAACCCCCGGAAACUGCAAAAAUCUCCACCCCCAUCACGUGCAAAAAAGUUGAUCUUUCCGAACUAUCGCCGACGACAAAGGCUUUAAUUGAUAAAAUAUCAAAGGAAACCUUUGAACAAACGCGGUUCCGUCUUCAUCAUAUAUUUCAAUACGAGAAGUAUAAGACCGGACAAAAACGGGCGAGUUUACCGAGCCUUGAGCAAUACCAGAGCGAUGCCGAAAGACUGGAAUACGCCAAGAGCAUUAUACAAACACGAUCCGACGUUCGUCGUUCUACCUGGCCCAUCAAUUCAUUUUUUGGCACCAAUGAAAUCACUACUUCCGCCAUCAGUGCCAACUAA